GCAGGGCAGCGGGCUGGCGUGCGCGGUGAGAUGUGAAGAGGCUUGAAGUAUGGCAUGUGAGGAUGGUCUCUGCCAGGAAGAAGGAGCUGGAGACAGCGAUGCAGCCCGCUUUCAUUCGGACCCUCUUCUACUUUUUCUGUUUGGCGACUUGUGUGAAGAAAAUCUCUGGACAGACAAAGAAGGAUGAUCGGAUCUACCCGGAGAAUUUUACUCAUUUGGACCGACUUCUGGACGGAUACGACAACAGGCUGCGACCCGGAUUCGGAGGUCCUGUGACUGAAGUCAAGACUGACAUCUAUGUGACAAGUUUUGGGCUCUCGGAUGUGGAAAUGGAGUACACGAUGGACGUGUUCUUUCGCCAGACGUGGGUGGACCGCAGGUUGAUGUAUGAGGGUCCCAUUGAAAUUCUGAGGCUGAACAACCUGAUGGUCACUAAAGUGUGGACACCAGACACCUUCUUCAGGAACGGGAAGAGAUCUGUUGCUCACAACAUGACGGCCCCGAACAAGCUCUUCCGCAUCAUGAAGAACGGCACCAUCCUCUACACCAUGAGGUUGACGAUCAGUGCAGAAUGUCCAAUGAAGCUGGUGGACUUCCCCAUGGAUGGACACGCAUGUCCACUCAAGUUUGGAAGCUAUGCCUAUCCCAAAACGGAGAUGAUCUAUACUUGGACGAAAGGGCCUCAGCAUUCGGUGGAGGUCCCUCCUGAGUCCUCCAGCCUGGUCCAGUACGAUCUCAUUGGCCAGACGGUCUCCAGCGAAACUAUCAAAUCCAUCACAGGUGAAUAUGUGGUGAUGACGGUUUACUUCCACUUGAAACGCAAAAUGGGCUACUUCAUGAUUCAGACGUAUAUCCCCUGCAUAAUGACAGUAAUCCUCUCCCAAGUGUCCUUCUGGAUAAAAGAAUCCGUCCCGGCGCGCACGGUUUUCGGCAUCACCACCGUCCUGACCAUGACGACGCUCAGCAUCAGCGCCCGCCACUCCCUCCCCAAGGUGUCGUACGCCACGGCCAUGGACUGGUUCAUCGCCGUCUGCUUCGCCUUCGUCUUCUCCGCCCUCAUCGAGUUUGCGGCCGUCAACUACUUCACCAACGCGCAGCUCGAGCGAGCCAAAAGGAAGCCGGCCAAAUGUCCCCCGGUGCCCCAGACCACGCCUGUCAAGGUCAAGGACACGGAGGAGGUGCUGCAGCAAAAUCCCGACACCAACGGUAACCUGAGAAAAAGGAUGAACUACAUCCCCCACCAGGAGGCGGGCAGCCACCAGAGAGCCCAGUCCACCACCAACAUCUCGGCUGGCCGGGGCCGGCCGCUGCGACCUCUGGUCAGCGGGGCCAACGGCAGCUCCUCCACCCUGUCCCGGUCCAGCCCCAAGUCGGAGAGCCUGCUCAGCGUGGCGUCCUCCUCCGCCCAGCUGGUGAAGAGCACGCCGCAGGCGGCGGCGUCCACGCCGGACGUGAUGGCGGCGACGCCGUGCAGGCAGGGCGCGCACAGCGCCCAGUCCCUGCAGCAGCUGCUGGGGACCAAGCUGGAGCGCAUCCAGAUGAUGGGGAACAAGCUGGAGCCGAAGCAGACGCCGUGCUCGCAGCCCACCGCCGGCAUGGGAGGCACCAGCAAGAUAGACAAGUACGCCCGGAUCCUGUUCCCAGUGUCCUUUGGGGCAUUCAACAUGGUCUACUGGGUGGUUUACUUGUCCAAGGACACGAUGGUGGCGAAAGGCGGCUAGACUUUGUUCCUCGAUCCACGGGGAGCUUCAUAAAAGGAUUA